UGGAUGGAUGAAGUGCCUCCUGUGUUUUUCUUUUUGUUUGUUUGUUUGUUUCUAACGUCAGAUCCAUAUUGCUUAACCUCGUUUAUAAACUGUUCAAAAGCUGGCUUAGCGUUAGUCCGUUUUCAACACGAUACUUCCUAAGUAAAAUAAACUGUAAAUACUGUAUGCUUAAAAAACAAUACUUUUGAAAUCAAUAUUAUCAUGUAGAUUCCUUCCUGUACUGUGACAGACAUCACGAGGGUCCUCGACGUCACUACUACAGGGCAGACGGAAGUGCUCGUGACGUCACCGGCGAACUGCAACGAGACGACGGUGUUGUAACAAUACGGUUACGUUUGAUCAUCAAGUCCCUGUUCGGUCUUUAUUUUGAUACUACCAGGGAAUCAAGCGAAACGGCUCCUUUUCGCGUACAGUGAAAGAAACGUCGGCGGUGUGUCGUUUCAGGUGUUUUUCAUUAUGUCGAAUCGUCUGGCCUUUCAGACUCAGCUAGCCUCCAUCAUGGAGGUACUGGCGAACGCAGCCGUGGCAGAAAUCUGUAAACUGGUGGACGAUGACUACGCGGUGAUUAAUCUGCAGAUGUCUCAGUGCCAGCGCGAAAACAAGGCUCUGAAGAGGAAACUUCAUCUGAUGGAGCUGCGAAUGGCACGAGGUUACGCCGAAAGGAGAAUCCGCGAAAGCUCAGGAAAUCGCUCCAGUAGAGUCCAAGUGAGCGCAAAUCUAUCAGACAAAUACAGAGCUCCUGUUGCUGACAUUUUUCCAAAUCAAGAUGAACUCUAUGGGAGGCAGUUAAAUGAGGAUGCUUGGAGAGAUGGAGAAUCUUCCAGUGCAAUUGUGCCAAUUGGGCAUCCAGUCAUCAAACGUGAUGAGAAUGGGCAUGAAGACUCCAGCCAGGCAGGACCAAACUCUGUACUUGUUAAGGCUGAGACAUCUGAUGAGGGGCACACACAGCAGCAACUAUUCAUUCGAGAAGAUGGAGUGGCAGAACCUGUGUGUGAGGGUGUGGAGGCAGAUUAUGGUGCUGCUCAAGUGGAUAAAGUGGAUGGUCAGAACUCCAGGACACGGCACGAGGCUUUGGAGCACCAAAAGACAGAUGAUGAAGUGCCAGACGUGCUGUUCAUAAAGGAAGAGCAUUCAGAGCUCGAACAGCAAGAAAGCCAGACACAUGGUGGCAUGACCCUGCAAGACGGAUUUGUGGAGUCAAGCACAGACGUUUGUGCAAACAGAGUCUCUUCCCCACCUGUGCAGAUCACAUUAGCUCUCAAUGUACAGGAGCCUCUCGAGUUGGAGUCAUCCCUUGUGAAGGGUCAAAGUAGACAUCAAGAAGAACACCAGAGAACUUCCAGUCAGUCAACAGACAAGCAGAUUACUAUACAUGACUCCCAGACUGCUGGGUCUCUGUGUUCACGUGAGCCAGUUCUUCCUCAGAGCGAUGUCAAAGUUUGGGAUAUCUCCAGUUCCCAGUCUCAUCUCCAAGGGUCAGAUGAGAGCGGCAACAUCCCACUUUCAAACCAGAAUGCUCAGAGAAAAAAGGUAGUGUCUGUCGAUAUGCUAGGAACAAAUAGUACAGUGUAUGAAAGAGCGAAGGAGCCGGAGGGCUCUUUUCCACGAUGGACUGCAAAUAGCCCCUCUGACAGUCAACCAUCUUGUUCAUACAUUAUGGAAGUAGAGCAAGACCAAGACUGUGUUCUGAUACAGUCAGGACCUGUGUCUGUUCAGGGAAGGCACAAAGGGGCUGCAUCAAACAGGCUUCAGGAUCCCAGAGGGCUUCAUAGGGUGGAGGAAGAGUGGAGUACAGUCACUGCUUCAAGCCAAGCCCAUACUCAGCAGUUCAGUCAUUUCAACAGGACUCGAUUAGAUGCAGCAAACCGAGCAAAUCUCACUCAGGCUGUUCCAAACUUACCACAUCCUGCAGUUUCUCUCGCUGGCCUUCAGCUUCCAAGGCUGAAGCAGAAGGGCAAGAGGAAAAGUUAUAUCUGCAGGUACUGUGGAAAGGCUUUUACUGGGCAGUCUAACUUAGAGGCUCAUCAGCGCAUCCACACUGGAGAGAAGCCUUUCAAGUGUGAGACCUGUGGGAAGCUCUUUACAGAAGCAGGAAACCUGAAGAAGCAUCAGAGAGUGCAUACUGGAGAGAAACCGUUUGUGUGUAAUCGCUGUGGGAAGUGUUUUGCCUGGAUCUGUAAUCUCAGGACACAUCAGCAGUCUGCUUCCUGUGGGGGAGUGUAAGGAAAAAAUCUGAUCUGAUCACUUUUACAAAAAAAAAGUGCAAAAAUUCUCAUAAAAUCUGUGUGCUUGCUUAAAAUGGCUGGACAGGUGGAAUCCAAUAGAUCUAAUUAGUAAAUAUUAGACAGUGACUAAAAGCUUAUCGCCCACUCCUAGUAUGGACGAGCGAGGAUGAACAGAGUUUCGAGUUAAGACACAUGGUGCUUUCCUCUAUAUUGGUUCGGUGCCUUAAUUGUUCCCUGUAAACUUGGUCUGUUUUAAGAUUUCAGAAAUUGCAAACGCCAUUCUACCUCUUGAAUUUUUCUGCGGACAAAAACAAAGCAAUAUGUUUGAACCAGAUGGAAGAAUAUCGAAUUAUGAUUCAAUGCUGGAACAUAUUCAGCAAAUGAUGAUAGCAAUGUACCAUGAACUCCAGUGUAUGCUGACUCAUUGUAAAAUAAUGAAAUGAAUAAGAUCACAUUAAACAUUGGAAGCAUUUGUAAAACAGAA